CUGACGUCAUGACGGAGCCACGCUGCACAACCAGACCAAACAACUUUUCCAGAGUGGAUCACAACGCGUUCAGCAGCCGUGGACCAAGCUUUUUUUACACCCAACUCUCUGUUUUUUUGGAAGUUGAGAUGAGGAAUCUGAGGUUGUUGUUCCUCGUCGGACUGGCGACAGGGUUCAUCGGUGAAACACUCUUUGUUUCUUCCCAGUCACCCAUUUCUACAGCUGAUGACUUGUAUAUCGAGGGACUGUCGUCAGGUGACCUCUUGAUAGAUGAUGACGAUGACGAAGAUAGGGAAGACGAAGACUCUGGCUCUGGGUCUGGAGACUACGGUUUAGGCAUCCUCACAGAUCAAGACGAGCAACUCAGGAAGUUCCUCAACCUCUCCAUGACCACAGUCUCAAAAGAUACUGUUUCAGUCCAACCCCAGCCAACAGCAGGCCCUCCUCCAAACCCACAAACCACAGCAGAAGACAGCCAGGGUCAGCUCACCACAGUGGAAGUGACCGAGACUCCAUCAUUCAAACUCCCUGACGAGGACAGAAGUGAUGAGAAGGUGCCAGGCAUCAGCCCAACAGCUGACUUCUCCACACUGAACACCAGCCCCAGCCCCACCAGCACACCUCUCAGAGACACUACUUCAACCAAAUUAGGCAUCGAGAUCAGUGUGAGCACCGACGCUGGGGAUAACAGUCUGGAUAAUUUGGAUGUGUCAUCACCCAAAGGCAGCGAAGAUGUGGACAAGACCAAAGAGGAAGACAAUGAAAUCGUGGCCAAAGAUGGCAGAGGCAGCAGGAUGUAUGACAUGGAUGCUGCUGAAGAGGUGUCUUCUGAGAACAUGUGGGAGAGGACAGAAGUUCUGGCAGCGGUGAUAGCAUGUGGAGUGGUUGGAUUGCUCUGUGCUGUUUUCCUCCUCCUCCUCCUUGGCUAUCGUAUGAAAAAGAAGGACGAAGGCAGCUAUGAACUGGGAGACGUCAAACUCUCUUCAACAACCUAUCACAAAGCACCUACCAAGGAGUUCUACGCCUGAAUUGACUGAUAGGGACUUUAAAGGGAAUCUCUCUGCUCCCAAUCAGGACUGGGAUUGGAUGUAAACACAACUUAAAAUGAUUCCUCUUCAUGAAGUUUGAAGUCAAGCACGUCGGUUUUUCUGCAGUGCUCCUUCCUUUAUUUUAGAUUUUCAUCAACAUAUACAAGAACCAUUGUUCGGGAGGACAAGGUCAUAGGUGAAUUGAAAUAACAUUCUGAACCCACAAUCCUAAAUUUAGAGAAAAGAAUCAUUUCCAGUUCUUCACAACUGUUUUGGCCUAUAAUAGAAUUCAACUUAAAGUAUUGAUAACAGUGUGCCUUUACACUCACUCAACUUCUCAAUGCUGGACCACACUGGGCUGGGCUUUGUUCAGUAUUACAGAAAACUUUGUUCCAUCCAGCAGAGCUACAGCCUGAACUAUUGCAGCUCAGCUCAACAGCAUAGAGAAAGUUCAAAGUGUAUAUGAAUAGCCUUAAUGAAUUUUGAAUAGACACAGUACCAAAUAUGAGAUUAAUGUAACAAAGAGCAAGUUUGUUCCAGUUCUUUAAGGUCAAAUUUGCUGUCUUUGUUAACAUUGUUACAUUUCAUUUUCUGUAUGCUUCCUUUGCUAAAUUGAAGAUUUUUUUUGUUUUUAUGUUAAAUGGCUAUGUUUUUUUUCAUAUGCUGUGCAGUAUUGAAAUGAGAGACUUUGUGACUCUGCAGGUACAUAUUUUUGUUGUUUUCUUAUAGAUAUUUGACCAAAUAUAAAUGUGCUUUAUUGUCUUUUUCAAAGUUAUUUUUUAGUAGCAUUUUCAAUAUGUUGUGAUUUUUGUGAGAUUUUAUCUCAUUAAGCCAUUUUUUUGUAAGAGAUUUUAGUCUUUUCAUUGAAUUCAAACAGAAGUAGAUCUAAGUCCUGAAAGCUCGCCUCUGUCUUGCAUACACAAUAUUUUCACGACUGUUCUAUGGGACAGGGUUGCUAAGGUAGAGCCAUGGCUAAUAACUAUAAUUCUGAAACCGUAGAAGUAACCAACAUUUUCUGACGACUGCCAGAGCACAUUCCUGUCUCACUGUCAACUGUAUACAGCUAAAACAGCUGGUUUGCAUUUAAAGGGACAGUGGCAGUAUGGAGGGUUUUUACAUUAUAUGGAGCCAGGAUUUAUUCACACAGCAGGGCUGGAGAGUUAAAAUCAGUAACUCAUUCACUAUUUACAGACUUUUAAACACCUUGAGUGCAGCCAAGUCAGGUUUUAAACACGUGUCCUCUUUUCAGUCUUUACCUCAACCAGCCAACUAAAGGAGCAGGAUCUUUUCUAGAGACUGGGUAAGGAUUCAGGAGGCAGUUAACAGUAACGACAACAGGGUUGUGUUCUCAUAUGAUAGAACAUUGUUUUUAAACCUGUUCGAUAUUUUUCAGAAGAUGUGAUGUAGAAUAGCCUUCUGUAAAAUCUCAGCUCUACUGCACAUCAUGUCAUAGACCAAAGCUUGUCACAUCAGCCUCAAAUUGACCAGGGGGAAAUGUUUUCUCUAAGCAGCUCUAUUUGUGGCCUCUCAAUUUUAUGAAGAGGUCAAUCUUUUUUAAUUAGCUUUGCUGUCCAGAUGACAGGGAACAGUGCUCGAUACAUACAUAGAGGUGGGAGUCUAAAUGGUUAAACUGUGACCAACUAUUCACACAUUCUCGCACAACAAGGUUAGUUUUUGAUUAUUGAAUUUCUGCUGUUUGGACUAUCCUGACGUUGGCUCAGUAGUCACUAUACAAACCUUAAACUGCUAAAUGCAUUAAAACAGGAUUAUAAAUAUUAAGUUGGUGUGUGAUGCUACAUUCAUAUUGUGUCCCUUAUUUGAGGCUUUAAGUCUUGAUAUAAUUUACUUUGCAAUAGUAGCAAAGGCUAUUUCAAUGGAAUUUUUAAGUGUACAUGCAAACUACCUAUUCUCUGUGGCUGGAAUAAACAGGAAGUUCCUAUCACCGAUCCACUGUGACUUACUGUUGAUAACGUGACAUUUUUCGGGGUCUUGAAUGCUCAGUGCCUCACAAUACAAUUUAUACAUUUACAUGCUCUUGCAGCAUUAGUGUCAUGCUUAGUGGCUUAGGGCGUAACUCUGUUGUAAAGCUCUGUCCUCUUUUGUCAUCCACACCAACGAAAAUGUCAGGGGGUCUCUGGUAUUUCCAGAGGUUCAAGACAGCCUGUUAGCACUUGCUGCCAAUCCAACAGAGGAUGACACAGAAUAACCUUCUGUUUUGGGACACUGUUAGUUUACACAAUGCGCUGGUGAUACUAUAAUUUAUAAGUAUUAAUUUAAACUUGCUUAAAACAAAAUCCAGGUUAUCAAAACAGCUAUGAAGUGGGAUUGUACAGUAUUUACACAUGCUUGAAGUGUCUUUGUUACUGUUUGUUAUGUUUUUAAUAUUUAUGGUUUAGAUGAUUUGACAGGCAUGGUUCAAUUCAUUUUCAAUUUCAUUAUAUGUUGUCUUGAUUUAUAGAAAUUAUUUUCCAUAUUAAUGCAUCUAAUUAAUGAUUAUAGUAGUAUAUUAUUGUCCUUGUACAAAUUAUUCAGCUCUAAUUUUCAGUUUUUAUAGAAGUUGUCUCUGAAUUGACUGAAGCCUUGUUUAAACACAUACACACCUGCACAAUGGUGGGGACCAACCAAAAAUCAACGCAAGAGAGACAAUGGUGACAAAGAGACCAAAGAUGGUCAGUACGGUACAAUACAACUGUGUUACUGAAUUAGUGUAUCCUAUGAGGUUCACUACUGAAUAAAACAGUGGCUUUAAUGUAUUUCUAAA